AUGUGUAUUGAUAAAUUUCUUUGUCUGAUCAAUGUUCAUUAUUAUCUUCAAUUUUUCUCCUCCUUCAGGCUUAAAACCAUGGAUGAUUGUAUUGAUUGCACUCGCCUGUGUUUUGGUAGUCACAGUUAUCGCAAUCAUCUUCUUUGUAAGACGGCGAAGGAGAACUGGAAACUUUUCAGUAGUCAAUGCUCAAUAUACAUGAAAUGCCAAAUAUUGUUCUCCACUUCCAAACUGAAAGUGUGA